AUGGCGGCCGUCACCGCUGCUCCACCGGCGCGCUCCGGCGGUGCCUCCUCGUCGAAGACGGAGAGCUAUGUCGACACCAAGCGUCGCGAGGACGUGCGGCAGGCGAAUAUCCAGGCCGCUCGCGCGGUGGCGGACGCCGUUCGCACCAGUCUCGGCCCCAAGGGGAUGGACAAGAUGAUCGCCUCCGCCAGCGGUGAGGUCAUCAUCACCAACGACGGCGCCACCAUACUCAACAAGAUGGAGGUUCUCCAGCCCGCCGCGAAGAUGCUCGUGGAGCUCUCCCGCUCCCAGGACGCCGCCGCUGGGGAUGGGACCACCACCGUCGUCGUGCUUGCCGGGGCCUUCCUGGCCGCUUGCCAGUCUCUUCUCUCUCGCGGGAUCCACCCGACUACCAUUUCCGACGCCAUCCAUAAGAGCUGCGCCAAGGCCGUCGACAUCUUACAGUCCAUGUCCGUGCCCCUCGAGCUCUCGGAUCGCGAGUCGCUUGUCAAGUCCGCAGCCACUUCCCUCAAUAGCAAGGUUGUGAGCCAGUACUCAUCUCUGCUCGCGCCGCUCGCCGUCGACUCCGUGCUCUCUGUGGUGGAUCCUGCACGUCCUGAUCUCGUCGACCUCCGGGAUAUUAAAAUCGUGAAGAAGCUAGGAGGCACUGUCGAUGAUACAGAGCUUGUCAAGGGCCUCGUCUUCGACAAGAAAGUAAGUCACUCGGCCGGAGGGCCUGGUAGGGUUGAGAACGCUAAAAUCGCGGUGAUCCAGUUUCAGAUCUCGCCGCCCAAGACCGAUAUCGAGCAAAGUAUUGUUGUCUCAGACUACACUCAAAUGGACAGGAUUCUCAAGGAGGAACGCAACUACAUCCUUGGGAUCAUCAAGAAGAUCAAGGCUACGGGCUGCAAUGUUCUACUAAUUCAGAAGAGCAUUUUGAGGGAUGCUGUGACUGAUCUGUCGCUACAUUACCUCGCCAAGGCGAAGAUCCUAGUGAUCAAGGACGUGGAACGGGACGAUAUCGAGUUCGUCACUAAGACCUUGAACUGCUUGCCAAUUGCCAAUGUCGAGCAUUUCCGGGAGGAAAAGCUUGGAUUUGCCGACUGCGUGGAGGAGGUGUCUGUUGGGGAUGGGAAGAUCGUGAAAAUUACGGGCAUUAAGGAAAUGGGAAAGACCACAACCGUACUUGUGAGGGGAUCCAACCAGCUGAUGAUUGACGAGGCAGAGAGGAGCCUCCACGACGCGCUUUGUGUGGUCAGGUAGUAUCUUCACUCAGUUCUCUCGAAUAUCUUCAAAAGUUACUGCCGACGUUGAGAAAUUUCAGAACAUCUUUUUAGAUAGAUCACUGCAGCCUUAAAUUGAUGUUCGGUGUUCUUAAGCUACAUUGUUCACCACAAUAUAUUUAGGUUUUCUUUUUUUCUGUUUUUUUUUUUUUGCGCCCUGUUGGGUCCCCCCCAGGUUGGUCUGUUUCUCUGAAACAUGCAUGAAAUCGGCUAUUCAAUGAUUUCCACAGAUGUCUGGUCAACAAGAAGUUCUUAAUUGCGGGCGGCGGUGCGCCAGAGAUCGAGCUGUCAAGGCAGCUCGGGGCUUGGUCGAAGGAACUCAGGGGGAUGGAAAGCUACUGUGUCAAGGAAUUUGCAGAAUCCCUCGAGGUCAUCCCAUACACCUUGGCUGAAAACGCAGGCCUGAAUCCCGUGGUCAUCGUGACGGAGCUGAGGAACAGGCACGCCCAGGGGGAGAUCAACGCCGGAAUCAACGUCAGGAAGGGGCAGAUCACAAACAUCUUGGAGGAGAACGUCGUUCAGCCUCUUCUUGUCAGCACCAGUGCCGUCACUUUGGCGACAGAGUGCGUCAGAAUGAUCCUGAAGAUCGAUGACAUCGUCACUGUCAGGUAG